AUGAGACGAUCAACAGUGUGUCUAGUGAGAGGUGCAAACAGUCGUGGGUUCUUUUCGAAGAUUUUCGGUGGAAGCGAAGCGACUUCGACAAGCAAAGAAACGACGGCAACAAAGAUGACAAAAGAAGAAAAGGAAGCUUUGCGUAGCCGUUUGAGUGAAGUGAGAACGGAUGUUGAAAAGAAAAACGAAGCGGCCAUCGCUCGUACGACAACAUUUUCGGAUGAUAUGCUUGAUGAACGGCUCGACAUGGACUCGAUUAGAGCACGAGGUGUCAUGAAAUAUCGCUACACUUACAAUCCGCCAUCAAAUGUUAAAGAGCUCGUCCUUUCCGUGGUCGAAAAAGUGACAAAAAGUCGAGAUUUAAAUCAAACUUUUCCAAACAACAAAGUCAAGUUUGAGAUUUUAUCAAAACUCUUGACAAACUUAAAGCAUUCUCCCACAAAUUCCCGUUUGUUGCACAUAAAGAAGGCUUCUGAUGUUGUCGAAUUUUACGAAGAACCUGUCAAGAACAUUGACGCUUAUGCUCAACUGGCUAGGACGGAAAAUCUGCCCGCGAACCUUCAUGUUGCAGAGCAACCCGUGCGUUUUCACCCAGAGGAUAAACACGCUUGGCAUGGAGGGAUUACUGCUUUUCCGGGAGGAGGAGGCAAAGUGUUUGGUUUAAGGAAUAAACGAAUUCUCAGACAAUUCAAUCCCAAAACGGAAUGGUACGACUAUGAGGAGCAGAAUUUCGAUUACUCUCGGCCCGAAAAGGGGAUGCCAUGGGAUCCAGAGAUCUCUAAAAAAAUGGAUAGAUAUCCUGAUCGACGGUACAGCUUGUCAACAAAGACUUUUUUCAAAACUCAA